AAUUGCCUGCCAUUUUUGACCUAGAUCCACCACCAAGUCAUCAACACUAAAAUUUCCUAGCUUUUUCGAGGUCAUUUCUCUUCUUUCUUGUUUCCUGGGCAUUUCUCUCCUGAUAAUCUUUCAUUUUUGGUUGCUUUCCUUGGUUUCACGCUCACCUCAGCUCGAUUAUCCUCUGUCCUCCAUUCACUGUGGUGUAAACAAUUAAGAAUGCGGCCCCUUUUCCUUUUCGCAGUCAUUUACUAGUGGAUCUUUUCUCAAUAGCGUAGAAAAUUUUCCUGCAAGAAAUUUCUUGAAAGCUUCCCAUGUCAGGUCAUCCAUCCCUUCUGCGAUCUACUUUGACAAUAAAUAGGUGGUGCAAAAGCUACUUAUUCAGAAAAGGCAAAUGGAUCCUCAAUUAUACAAAGCAGCCCAAUCGGGUGAUUCAGAUGUUAUCAGACGGUGUGCAGAUCAACUUGAUUCUCAGCUUACUCCGAACCAAAAUACAGUCCUUCACAUAUUAGCACAAUUCUGUGACUCUUCAUAUGCUGUUGAGCAGAUUCUUGGAAUAAACCAGUCCUUGCUGUGCAAACAAAAUGCAAAAGGCAAUACUGCCCUGCAUGUAGCUGCUAGAAACCGGUACUCUGGUGUCGUGCGAGCUCUUAUUGAUUGCGCAAAAAAUGGUGAAAAGCCUGAUAAACAUAACUCUGAAGGGUGGAUAAAGAUGCUUAGACUGACUAAUGACAAUAGAGACACAGCCCUUCAUUUGGCUGUAAGGACAAACUGCUAUGACAUUGUGGAACUCUUGGUAAAAGAAGAUGAUGAGCUUCCACAGCCCCGGAACAAGGCAGGGGAGAGCCCUCUUUAUCUUGCUGUUGAGAGGGGAUAUCACGAUAUUGUGGAUCUGAUUUUAGGAACUUGUAAGUCACCAUCUUAUCAUGGUCCUCAUUUUACAACGGCUUUGCAUCGUGCAGCAAUGGGGAACUCCUUAGUGAGAAAAUAUUUUCAAUCUGGUGAUUGCACUUGCACAGAAUGCGUGAAAUUGCUAUUAGGCAAGUUGCCAAAUCUCACGAAGGAGGCAGAUCGUGAUGGACAGACUGCAUUACAUAUUGCUGCAAAACUUGGUCACCAGGAAGUUAUAAAAUUACUACUCUCAGCAGAUAAGUCUGUGGCCUAUAUCAGGUCUUGCCAGGUUUACUCCAUGACUAAAUCCAAAACGUCCAAGACAGCCCUACAUGUAGCAGUGAAGUAUGGGCAUUUAAAUGUGGUAAAAGAAAUUUUAUCACACUGCCCUGAUUGUUGGGAGAUGUGCAAUGGCGAUAACCAGAACAUUCUUCAUCUUGCUGUGGCAAAAGAACAGAAACAAUUGUUGGACUUCAUCUUAGACAACGUUUGGGCUUCUGAACUCAUCAAUGAGGGGGACCUUGGUGGAAAUACUCCUCUCCAUCUUUAUGCUGCUACUAAAAAAUUGGAUGGCUGUAAUCUCAUAAGUCACAUCCAUGCAGAUAAGAAUGCCUUCAAUUUUGCUAAUUUCACUCCGCUAGAUGUGGUCGUACAAGCUCCUGAUCAGACUGAAAGACUGAAUGUAAUCAAGGGUGAGCUGGAGAGAUAUGGUGCUACUCGAGGAUUUCGCCGUAGUGGAACUAGAUUGAAAGGAAAGCGUGAAGAAGCACUUUACAAAAGCAACCAAUGUAAUCAACUAGCAAAAGAUUCGAAAAGAAAAGAUGACACUUAUUUGAUAGUUGCUGCACUGAUAGUAACGGUCACUUUUGCGGCUGGUUUUACUGUUCCAGGAGGGUAUGAAAGUAGUGAUGGUCCAAAUAAAGGCAUGGCAGUUCUAAGAAACAAACCAUCUUUUAUUGUCUUUGUAAUUGCGGAUAUGAUUGCCUUGGCAUACGCCUCAGCAGCAGUUUUUCUACAAUUUAAGUUUUCACCCUCAGAAGUUGACUGUGAACGCUGGUUAUGGUACAGUAAGAGUAAUACUCAUUGGAACAUUAGAGUCGCCCUGAUGGCAAUGGUGACAGCAUUUGUUUCUGGCCUGUUUGCUGUGCUAUCAUCACCGUUAAUCAAAGCCUUAGUAUGUUAUUCAGGAAUCACUUCAUUUCUUGUGUUUAUGGGAUUUUUUGUGAUUUUUACAACGGAAGAUUACUACUUUUGGCUCCGAAAUGCUGGAAAUCGGUGUAAGAUCAUUUUGUCAUUGUGGUGUGGAAGACUUCGGAUUGCAAUUGUUAGGUUCCGGAGUUGGUGAUUUGUACUGGUCUUUCAUGUAGUAAAAUGAAGUGAAUGUUGUUAAUGGGAACACUUACUCUUUAAAA